GGAAAAUAAAUUAGUCUGAAAAUUUUCCAUGAAAAGCAAAGGAGAAAUUUUUGAAGAUAUAAAAUGUGAAUAUAGUGUCCAAUAGUGAGAAAUCGACUGUCUGGAGAGUACACAGCACAUAAUAACAACAACAACAACAAAAAAAAAGACCGAAUGAACUUUAGUGAGAAAAAUCAAAAAAAUGAACAAGUUAAUUUGCUUCAAUUGUGAAAAUUGUACGCAAAACGGAAUAAAAUUGAAAGUAUUUCUCAAUCACGAAAACGUAUAGAAAGCAAUGUAAUAAGCCACAAGAAUCAUGAGAUUAAUGAGAAUAUUAAUCGUAUUAAUUUUGUGCGUUAAGAGCUUAUAUCGAGCUCUUCCGGUCCAAUCGAAAGCAUUGGAGAAUAUCGACGAUCAAUUAUUUUGGCAGGCUGCAUGGUUCUCCGAAGACCGUAAGCCAGCAUCGCCAUUUACGAGCGAUUCAAAGAAAAUUACAGCAAAGUCAAUUUUUAUUACACCAAAUUUUAUAAAUCAACCAGCUCCAUAUUGUCCAGAUGGAUAUCGAGUCGAUAAUGGAAAGUGUAUUAAGAUUAUUAACAUUCAUCAGACAUCGGAAGAGAUGUUAGCAACACGACUCUCGAGUCUUAUUACGACAGACGAUACAACAAAUUUCGAUUAUGAUUAUGAUUCAUUUGAGGAUGAGCCGAACAAUGAACAGAAUCAAGAGGACAUAAAAUUGCCACUUGUGCCAAUACUCCACGAGAGUAACGAAGACGAAACAGAUAGUAAUAGUAAUAUUAAUGCCAAAAAUGUAACAGUUAAGGAAUAUGGAACUGAAGUGACAACCGACAAUCCAUUUAUGUCAUCAAGCACAUUUCAUGACUUUCGUACAGAAAAUAAAACAGACUCUGUUGAAAUUAUUAUCACAACUUUAUCAAGCGAUGAUGAUGUGAGCGACACAACAUAUGAGCAUGACAAUCCAACAAUAAAACCAUCUGUGGAUGAAUUUCAUGAGAAUUCAAAUGACGAUGAUGUAAAUGAGAAUUUCAGCUCAACCUUUUCAAAUACUACGACUUCCCCACAGCAAAUCGAUCCAACAACAACAACGACAACGACAGAAGCAGCAAUAGCAUUAGAGUACGAAAACAUAACAGAAAAAAUGAGCUCAAAUGAGAACGAAACAUCAGUUAUGCAAGAUCUUAGCAAUGAAGAUAACCAGAACGUUGAACCAUCAUUCUUAUUACUGCCACUGGCUGUUGAAACUCUUGAGAGAGAGAAUUCUACAAAAAAUAAUAAUAAUUUCACAAUCAUAGACAGCAACAGCACAAUAAACAUAAAAAAUAGUAGUUACGAUGUCGACGAUGAUGAUGAUGAAAUUUUAUCAAAUUCCACUGUGCUCGAUUUCAAUGAGAAUUCGCAAACGGAAGAGUCAAUUAUUGAGAGCAGUGAUACAAUUAAUUUUGACGAUACAAGUUUCUUAGUCAACGAUUCACUCAUCAUGAUUGAUAAUGCAUCAUCGAUACUGAAUAGUAGUAGUGACUAUGACGACUAUAUUACAACAAUAGAUCCGUUUAUGAAGGAAGAUCAAACAACAUUACAGACUAGUGAUGAUAGUGAUAAUGUUUCAAUCAAGACAUCAACAACCGAUGAGAAUACUUCAAUCACAGAUGAAGAUAAGACAUCAGCAUUUAAGUACGAGACUACAUCAUAUUACAGUCUCGAUGAUCGACAGAAUAGCAAUGGAAAUGAUGAAACAAAUAAAUUCGUUUAUCAUCAUCAUGUACCAACAGCAGCAACAACAGCAACAACAAUAGAGACCUCAACGCAGUCUGUAAAAGGAAAUAAAUUGAAAUUUCCAGAUGAAGAAAUUAAUAAUCGUGUGAGAUUUCCUGAUGAUUAUAACAAUAAUAAUGAUGAGAUUGUUACAACUUCAUCGAGAAUUCAAUCGAGAUUAAUACCAUCAUCCUCAACGUCAGCUACAUCGAGAUUUUCAUGGCCACGUGACAACAAUCAUAGGUUAACAACAAAUAUCUUUCAAUAUUGGAAUCAACAGCCAUUGUUGGAGGACUAUCAGCGAGCAAGAGAAAAUUCAAAGAGCUUUCGAGCCGAUGAUUUCUUUCCGUAUACGAGAAAAGUGCAAAUUGUGACACCACAACGAUAUAAUUAUUAAGUAAGAAUCAUUUUAUGGGGAGGGGGACUGUUCGUAAAUGAUGUCUAGCAUUGGAAACCAUAUUGGUUUUUUAUAUCUAGCCCCUCAUGAAACAAUGUCCUUAACUUUUAGAUAGAGAGCAAGUCUCAUUGUAGUUGAC